AUGAACGCCACUACUAGACUCUCUAACUUUUUAAUUAACGCUACCGAAGAGGAUAUUACCGCCAGUUCUGUUAUUUACCAAGUAUUAGAAGAAGACCCUUGGAUACCACAGAAUGAGUUGAAGAGUAUCGUCUAUCAAGCAGUAACAUUAACAAAAAACCUUUGCGAAGAAGGUUCUCCUCGGUAUAUAGCUCUUCUCGAAAUUUUUUCAGAGUAUGCCAAGUCAUUGAAUGAAGAUGCUUACGUUUCGAACGUGAUUCUACCUAUCAUCCGAGCAACAUUGCAAGAUCUUCCUUUCGGUAAAUCUACAUUUUUCAGGAGGGGAGAUAGACGAAGUGGCCGAAGACCAAAUGUUAUGUUUGUCGUGAAACACAGAAAGAGAAAUUACGAGCUUUUAUACGUUGAAUGUUCACGCACGAAACAAAAAGAACAAGAUGAUGAAAUAAGGCUUUGGCGAGAGGCUAACGAUGAGAUGUAUUAUGUACGUAAGAGAUGGCAGAUAUUCACAGAUACUAUCAUCUCCUUGAAGCCAAGGUGCCCAUACAACGGUCAGAUUCUGCCACCGUAG